AUGGCAAGCACCACCCCUCAGGAGCGAUUGAACAAGUUGUUCUCCAACCAAGCGCUCCCAACAGCUCCAACUCCCGGUCAACCUCACUUCUCGGAAAAAGAGCUUGAGCAAAGAGCAGUAAAAGAGCAACGGCCUUGGAGUGUUCCUGAAACUGCUCAAUAUCCAAGAGAUACCAAACCACUCAAAGAGCAACAGCCUCAAAGAGACAUCGUUAUUCUUACCAGCUCGGACGAUGAUGACGACUAUGUCUCUUCGUUCAAAAAGAAGCCUUCUAUGAAAUCCUUCCUGAAGCCACCUCAGCCGAGAUCAAGCGUCAUUCAUGCAAACAAUGCGAGUACAAGCCUCAAGGAUCCUGUCCUCGAUCCCGAGGAGACUGUUCAGUAUAUUGCUCACGGCAAGCGCUCUGAGCGGAUUUCCUCCAAACGCGUGACAGAGCGUUCUGAUUCAGACAACAAGGAGCUGCCGACAACAGACAAGAGAGGAAAUCCGGUCGCCGGACACUUCUGCCAGUUCCACCUUGCGGCCAAAUUCCCAUACAAAUACAUGAAUGAUGUCAAUGAUCGUGUUUCACGCCACUUCUUCGCAUCCAAUAAAUUCUACAACCGAACCUGGGACCUCUACUACCUGCAUCCGCCAGCCAGCUUGACAGCGAAAGCGAUCAUCCUCGUUCCCUUUGAACAGGUCCACGAGCUCAUUGCAGAGAUUGGAAAAACAUUCAAAAUCCCCGUGUCAGUGCCACCAUUUCCGUUUACUUUCACAUUUUUUGAGGACGGAACCCCGAAACCUCAAUAUUUGGGCCAGGCACACUCCAAGGAUGAAGCACAAGAAAUGCAGAACAGUGUUCCAACCGCUACUCCCGGCCACGGUGAAUGCCCACAUAAUGCCUUAUCUGAAAGCAGACAGCGCUUUGAAAAUUUCAAGCACGAUUGUCAAGCUGCCAUCUUGGCGGCCGCGAUAAGAGACUGGUAUGUGCAAUUGAGAAGAGCUCAGCGAUAUUUGGGUCUCCGCCGGAAGACUAGGCAGGUUCUCCCUCCGAAUCUUAGCAUGACAUGGGAAGAACAAGAACAAUUCCGUCUUCAGCAAUUGAAGAGCGCUCAUGUUACCUUGGACCCGCUCGACCUGAGUGCGCCGGCUCCAUAUGCUUUUGAAGAAGAAACCGUUUUCAUUGCGGUUGAUAUCGAGUCACAUGAAAGAGCCCAUAACCUUAUCACCGAAAUCGGAAUCAGCACUCUGGACACCCUCGACCUGGUAAAUGUGCCUCCAGGACCAAGAGGCAGGAACUGGACAGACCAAAUCCGUUCUCGACAUUUCAGAAUUCGUGGCAGGGAGCACUUGGUCAAUAAAGACUUUUGUCGUGGAGAUCCAAACUCCUUCCAAUUUGGCAGAUCUGAAUGGGUCGAGCUCGAAGAUGCUACCACCAAGGUGGACAGCUGCUUUGAGUGGCCUUUCUCCGUGGAUUUCAAGCACCCCAGCCUGAUCGAUACUUGGAGUGUGGAGCCAGUCAAUCAUGCAAAGGGGGACGAAGCGUCCCAAGCAACUUCUACUAAUCUCGGAGGCACCAGCUUGGGUCUGGUCAAUAUUGAACAAGAGGCCGCGAAUAGAGCAGCUGUCACCAGCGUUCUGACGGGCAUUGGCGAUCAGGAAGCCAUCAAGCAUGCUAUCGCACUUGCCAAAACAAAUCAAUCAGGAACAGACGCUCUCCAGAACAGACCAAAACGGCGCAAGAUUAUUUUGGUUGGGCAUAGUAUUGGAACGGAUGUCGCGUAUCUAAGAGACCUCGGAUCCAAAAUCUUUACGUCGUCACGGGCCACCUAUCCCAUUGCCGCCAUGGAGAUUAUGGCCAAAGGAGAGCAUUAUUCCGAGACGCUGGCCUCAAUCAUCGAUUCACUUGACACGGCACCAUUAUUUCGGAUCUUGAAGGAAGAAACCCAGAACCGCAACCUUGCUUCAAUCAUGGGAGAUUUAGGUCUCCCAUGCUACUUCCUUCACAAUGCCGGGAACGAUGCACGAUAUACACUGGAAGCGCUAGUAGCAAUGCUGAUUGAGGCACGAUUGAAAGGUGACCAGGAGCAAAAGAAAGAUGAGGAAGCAGGAAAGCGGCAGAAACCAGGGGACGAUGAGUCCGGAAAGUAUGCCAAGUCAGCAGGGCCAUCCAGUCUAGAUGGGAGCCAGCAACAGAUAGAAGAACUGGAUGCUUUUGAGGCUGCAGUCCUGGCGUCAUCUGGGGAUGAAGCAUCUCCUCGACAUCAGAGAGAUGAGGCUAUUGCUGCAAUUACGGAAAGAUUGAAGCUGGACCCGACCGUCGAUGAAGAAGAACCGAGGCGCCCAUUCUGCUAG